AUGCAUUCACCACUUCUCAUGUUUCCUAUGAAAGAAGAAAAUAAUGUUUGUUUUUUCAGUCUUGAAAAUAAGAGAGAAUUUGAACUUGAAGCUCGUUUCGAAAAGCUUCAAGAAUGGCGUUUUGUAGGGUCAUCUCAUGGAUGGCUUUUGCUUUUGGACGAGAAAGCCGAUCCCAUUCUCUUGAAUCCUUUUUCAGGAAUCAGUUUUCAACUCCCUGGGAAAGAGACUUUUCCACAUAUUCAUAGCAUCCAAGAAGUCAGGGACGAUGUCUUUAAAGUCCAUUACAAAUUUAGGAAUGAUUCAGUUUUCUACGAUUUGAAAACUCUUCGAAAACUUCUGAUUGUAAAGGCUGUUUUGUCUACCAGUCGACCGUGCAACACAAACUGCACGGUGAUAAUCAUGUACGACGUUCUUCGCACGUCAAGGCUCGCUUUCUGCAGGCCAGGACAAAGUGGAUGGACUGGCUUUGGUGGUGAAAUUGAGUCAUAUUAUGACAUUUUAUGUAAUGCUAAUACAUUGUAUACACUUGGAGCUGGACCGUCAGUUGAAGUAUGGGAGUUGGAUGAAUUUGCUCCAAGAAGAAAGAUGGUUAUUCAAGCUCGUUGCCCUCCAAAUUGGACAGAAGCCCAUCAAAUUUACCCUUCUGAUCUCUACUCUUCAAAAUGUUACUUGGUUUUCUCCUCCGGGGAGAUGUUUCUUGUUGCGAGGUAUAUUGGAGAGUUUGUUAGGUACGAUGGAGAGGUAGUUUACGAGGGAGAUACUCUAACUGAUUACGCGUCCAAUACUUUAAUAUGUCCUUACAAAACAGUUCAAUUCCACGUCUACAAACUCGACUUUGAUCAGAAAGUGGAAUCUUUGAAUGGUUGUGCUCUAUUUGUGGGUGGAAAUCACUCCAUAUCUGUAGUGGCUAAGGAUCAUCCUGGAUGCACGUCGGAUGCAAUUUACUUUACUGAUGAUUACUUGGAAAGAAUGGAUGAGGAUUACUCUUAUGGAGGUCACGACAUGGGAAUCUUCAAGUUAGGAGAUGGAAGUAUAGAGCCAUUGUUGGACUGCGAUCAAGAAAGGAUUGAGCCUCCACCAUUUUGGAUUGUACCUAACUAG